CAUCUGCGUGCGUGCGCCAUCGUGCAUAAAUUUAUUUUGUCCCCCUACACCAAACGCGAUCUCGACACGCAGGUUUGGGUUACCAGUUGCACAACAAUGUGUGAGGGUUUGAGAAAUGCGUCUUCUUGGCCAACUUACAGACCCACUCCUUCCUCCUAGAGAGGACCAUCCUCUUGAGGGACAAUGGGAGUCAGUACAACCAAGAGGAUGAGUGCUGGACCCCUGAUGGUGGCUGGCUGGGGCUGGAUGGUGGCUGGACCCCUAUUGGUUGCUGUGGCUGGAUGGUGGCCGGGGCUAGACUUUGCCUGGGGCUGGAUGGAAGCUGGGGCUGGAUGGUGGCUGGGGAUACUCAUCUGUUUCGUCGUCACUGGGUUCUCCUACGCCUCCCCCAAAGCUGUCAGUGUCUCCUUCAAGGAGCUGAUGAGGGACUUUGAUGUGGGCCACAGCGACACGGUCUGAAUCUCCUCCAUCAUGCUGCCCAUGCUCAAUGGAUCAGGUCAGAGGUCAAUCAUAGAGUUGAUACAGGGGCCUCUGAGAGCUUGAAUCGUAUACGAAACAAAGCUGUCAGAUGUAAAAAAUUAAAUAAAAAACGUUCAAUGGGAGAAACAAAACAGAAAUGUGAGUCUCUUGCAGUUCUGCAUCAUUUCAUUAAUAAAUACACAUGGCCUGUUUGUCUGUGAACGCCUUCUGCCCAGGCCCAGUGUCCAGUAUCACGGUCAACAGGUUUGACAGCAGGUCGGUGAUGCAGGUCGGAGGUUUGCUGGCAUUAGCAGGCAUGGUGGGAGCUUCCUUCACCACCGCCAUUAAACAGCUUUACCUUUCAGGUUCUGCUAGACCACUAUGGCUGAAGGGAAGGCUUUCUCAUCAUGGGGGACUGCUGCUCAACUGUGGGGCUUUCAUGAGACCUCUGGAGAGGAGGAGGAAACGGGAGAAGGGAACGAACCAGCGCUGAAAGAAAAGUUUCCUUCAAAAGUAGGAAAGGAGAAGAAUGGAAUAGAAAAUAAGCUUUUGGACUUAAGGGGGAUGCCUGAACAGGGGGCUGUUGAUCUUCACUGAGUGGACAAAACAUUUAUUAAUAUUGAGUUGCACCCCUUUUUCAGUCGGAAUAGCCUCAAUUCAUCGGGGCAUGGACUCUACAAGGUGUCAAGCGUUC